UACCGUCCUGUACCUCCUCUGUAUAUCUCUACUACGAUCCAGACUUCUGGUUUCUCUCCAUAGGGACUUAUUCUGCUUUGAGGGAGAUCGCAUUCACAAGUCAGCUGAGAAAAUACGGAAUAGAACACUACUACAUGGGCUUUUACAUACACUCUUGUCCAAAGAUGGUUUACAAGGGAAAGUAUGCUGGAUCAUAUCUCCUGUGCCCAGAAAGCUACCUGUGGUUCCCAGUGCCAGAAUGCACGCCUAAACUGGAUGUCAACAAAUACUCCAGAUUUGCUGCUACUGAGACAAGAGAUACAAAUGGGACUAUAGAACUUGACAAUGUUCUGGUGCUCUAUAUGAGGCAGGCAAUGCCAUAUGUGAUAUACAAAGCUCUAGGAGAAAAUGUAUGCGACCAAAAUGAAGUUUUACAGUAUGCUAAAUUAGUUGGUCGGACUUGUUGUGAACGCAUGCUAUUAUACAGGUCCUAAAUUCAUGUUAUUUCAAAAGGACAAUUUGUUGCAAGUAACAAGUUAUUCCCAAUGAUGCCAUGUGUGUACUAUAUGAUUGUGCUAUUCAAUACAAUGGACUUAUAAUUCUGGACAAUAUACUGUUGUUCAGUACAAUAAUAGUAAUGAUUAAUACAAUAAAUUCAUAGUUCUGUACAUUGCAUUUCAAAAUGAUUAUGUUGCAUACAAUACACUUAUAGUUCUGCUUAUCACAUUGUUGUAGUACA